GCCCUAUACACUAUGUUAAAGAUUGAAAUGGCUUCUCCAAGGCGAGAUAGACAUGAUCAAUGAUUUGUACCAUAAAAAUUGAUGUCACCUGUGCCCAAAAAAGAUUUUUUUUAGGUCCAGCCAAACGGAGCCACUUGUUGCUUUUUAUUUUUCCCUUUGAUCAACUUUCAAAAAGUCCCUAGGCACACUUGGAUCAUUAGACUCUACCAUGAAUCCAACCCAAAUGCACCACCACCCCGGCAUGGAACUCUCAGAAGGCCAGCCAGGCAAGUCUAACGGAAAACCCAAAAUGCAUCAGUUUGAAGAUGUCGAUGACUCGGACGAUGAUCUGGAAAAACCCGUCAAGCGAUCGGGUAGACGCAAAAUUAAGAUCGAGUACAUUGAAGAUAAGAACAGACGUCAUAUUACGUUUUCCAAACGCAAGGCUGGUAUCAUGAAGAAGGCUUAUGAGUUGUCCACUUUGACCGGUACCCAAGUUCUACUUUUGGUAGUGUCCGAAACUGGCCUCGUGUACACCUUUACCACCGUCAAGCUCCAGCCCAUCGUCACUAAACCUGAAGGAAAGAACUUGAUUCAAGCUUGUCUCAACGCACCUGAUGUUGGCACCGAGAAACAAGAGGACUCCGAGCCUGGUUACGCUAGAGGAUCCCCCAACGCAAACGAAAACGAUGCUUAUGAAGAAAAGCCGGAACCAACACAUCAAGCUCGUCAUGCUCCACCCCACCAACAGCAGCCUCCUUCACAGCAAGGACCUCCCGCAUCAGGUGGCCAUGGUUACCCUCAAGGAUAUGCAGCACCACAAAUGCCCAUGUCCAACAAUGGCUAUGCACAUGCCGGAUAUCAAUACCCACAAAGCUACCCGCAAGGUGCACCACCGUUUUACGGAAACGCUUCACAGCCAGCACAGCAUUAUAUGCAACAACAGCAACAAGGUGCACCUGGCAAUUACUGGUCUGGCGGUGUUGAUCAGCAAGCACAAGACGAUGACAAGGAUCGCAAGAGAAAAUAAAAGGGUGGAAGAGCAAGGCCAACAACCAUACAGAAGUUUUUCCAGGGUACAUACCGCUGAUCGCUGUGCUGAUUUGCAGUUGUUCUCCUCUAUUCUAAACACCUCAUACUUUGUUUUGUGCCAUUUGCUUCCAUUUAACCACUCUUCUCAAUUUUUUUUUUUUUUUUAAAAAAGAAAAAAUCCUUCCAUUGUGCUCUUCUUCAUCGCUCUCAUGUCACCUCUUUUUGCAUCUGAUCAUUCUUUGUCUAUCUCAUAUCAAACUAACCAUGGGAUGAUCACCUACUUUUCUUAGGUCCAAUCUUCCCGUAGCUUCUUACUUUUUCUAUAUUUUCUCUAACUUUUCUU